GGAGCACCGAGCAAGGAGCUCGCGCUGCGGAGGAGGUGCCCUGCCGCUGCCCUUCCGUGGUGGCGGCCUCGCCCGCACGGCCCCCCGCCCGCCCAGCGGCCGCCCCGCCUGGCAGCCCGCCAGCCGCCCCGGGGCCAUGCGCCGCCUGCGGCGGCUGCUGCGCGCGGGCGGCGCGCCCCUCGGUGCCGCUGCAGCGCGCGGCCGCUCCCUCUCCGUGGCCGCCAGCCCCGGAGCCGGCGCCGUGGUCGACGGCGAAACCAUCUCUCCCUUCGAGAUCCUUGGCGUGGAGCACGGUGCUCCCGCUGCGGCGGUCCGAGAGGCUUACGUGCACCUCGCGAAGCAGUUCCACCCUGAUCGAGCAGGGAGCGACAAGGCAGCUGCUGAGCGUUUCAAGGAGGUGCAGGCGGCGUGGUAUGUCUUGGGGGACCAAGCCCGGCGGAGAGAGUUCGAGGAGCACGGGACCCUCGCAGCGCCGCCUGCGGCGUGGUCGCCCAUGAUGUGGGCGAGGCUGAGGACGGCCAGACCAGAGGACGGCACGAUCAUCCCCAAUUGGGGAUCAGAGGAUCCGCCGGUGUGGUUACUCGGCUCCUUUCCUGUGUCAGUAUUAAUCAUCGCCUUCUUGUGGUCGGCGAAGGGAGACUUUCUAGAGUUCAACAGGGACGCCCGGACAAUACGAGAAGGCGGCUGGCCAUGCCCCAAGUGUCUCUUUGUCAACGGGGCUUCAGUGGAUGUAUGCCAAGGUUGUGGCGCUGAUAGAGUUGUGCUUGAAGGCAAGGUGUUUGUGCCUUGGAAGCAGUCCCAGGCCUACGCCGCUCUCAGGUGA